AUGGAGUUUAUAUAUAACUGUGUGGUGGAAUGGACUACAAAAAGUAAAUUCUGUGUUAUUGACAGGAAGUCCAGCCCCUCUGGGUCGUAUUAUGAUGGUGGGGGGGGCAGGAUGCCUCGCUCGCCUUCUGAUCACGAUUCAGACCGCCGUGCUCGGUCGACACACGGCUUCCAUGGUAACGAGGAGGAGGAGCUGCGUGUCUGGAGGCGACCAAUCAGAGACGGACAAGGAGGCUGGCAUUCACAGGAUCAUCCUCCUGACCAGGUUCAGGAUGGCCGUGAGCGGCAGCGACGGAAGGAGGAGGAGUUUCAGGCUGGUUACCGUAGCGACCCGAACCUUGCUCGUUACCCGGUGAAGCUGCAGCCGAGCGAGGAGGCCAUGCGUCUGUUGGCUCAGGUCAGAAGGGUCCGCCACCAACGGCGCCACAGCGACGUCUCCUUGGGAACCGCCGACCACCUGACCCUGAGACACACAGCUCUCCGUCAGAAUCGGCUUCAGGGAUUGGUCGGAUCUGGAAGUCAGAGGUCGUUCUCUGUUGAUCGGGCAGCCAAUCACAUAAGCCCAACACCUCACUGCUGCAGCCCAGUACCUCGGCAACACCUGGACCCAAGCUCCGCCCUCAAGAGGAAGAAAACCAAUGAGAGUGCAGCACAGACUGGGCGGAGAAUGGGGAAGAUGCACGUGAUUGGUAGCUGCAGCAGCUCAGAGGAGGAGCUGGAGACCACGCCUGACUACACCAGCUGUGAAGAGCCUGACAGAGACAUGGACGGCCAAUGGUGGGAUCAUGGUUCCUGGCAUGGCGAGCCUGCGCCUCUAUCCAUGCAACCGGUCACAUGGCAACCGUCCAAGGAGGGAGAGUUUCUGAUUGGUCGAAUUCUGCUCAAUAAGAGGAUGAAGGAUGGAACGGUUCCCGCGGAUACUGGAGCGCUACUGGGACUCAAGGUGGUCGGGGGGAAGAUGACAGAGUCUGGUCGUCUCUGUGCAUUCAUCACAAAGGUGAAGAGGGGAAGUUUGGCUGACACAGUGGGACACCUGAGGCCAGGUGAUCAGGUUCUGGAGUGGAACGGUCGGAUUCUCCAGGGAGCCACAUUUAAUGAAGUUUACAACAUUAUCCUGGACUCCAAACCAGAACCACAGGUGGAGCUGGUGGUGUCCCGACCUAUCGGAGAUGUUUCAAGAGCAGCAGACAGCGGCCAUGUCCAACUGGACUCCAGUUCCACUUCCUUCGACUCUCAGAAAGUUGGUCCGUCCAUCUCCGUCACGUCUUCCUUGAGCCCCAGCGUUCUCUCCGGGCUGGUUUCUACUGGUAUCAGGCGUCCACUGGUUCCCAGAAUUCAGGUGAGGCUGUGGUUCGAUAAAGUGGGUCAUCAGCUGAUCGUCACGGUCCUCGGAGCCAAAGCACUUCCUGUCCGAGACGACGGCCGGCCCAGGAACCCCUACGUUAAGAUCUACUUCCUGCCAGACAGAAGUGAUAAGAGUAAGCGCAGAACAAAGACGGUGAAGAAGUCUGUGGAACCGCGGUGGAACCAGACCUUCAUGUACUCUCCGGUCCAUCGACGGGAGUUCAGGGAUCGGAUGCUGCAGCUGACGGUCUGGGAUCAGGCCCGAGUCCGGGAGGAAGAGAGCCAGUUCCUGGGAGAGGUCCUGAUAGAGAUGGACUCUGCUCUGUUGGACGAUCAGCCUCAUUGGUACAAACUUCAGCUCCAUGAUGUCUCCUCUGUCCCUCUGCCAAGCUCCUCCCCCUUCCUGCAGAGGAGAGGACAUCCUGAAGACACCCCGUCCAGCAGGAGGCUGCAGAGGUCUCAGAGGGUCAGUGACAGUGAGUUAUCAGAUUACGAGUGUGAAGACGGCAUCGGGGUGAUAUCAGACUACAGACUCAAUGGGCGGGACUUCCACAGCUCCACCCUCUCAGUGCCGGAGCAGGAAAUGUCGUCCAAUCACUUCUCUCGAUCCGACGUGGUCAGGAUGAGGUCACGGUCGCCAAGCCAACCGCCUCCUCUCAGCGGUAACCCUCUGUACCCGUUGUACCGUGAGGACGCUGUGCGGUUGCUUCGAGGCUCCAAACUGAGCCGAGCAUACUCUGAUGCCGGUCAGUACAGCAACCUGGAAAGGAGAUCUCUGAGGAGAGCAUCCCUUGCCACCUCACUCGAUAUCCACGACAGAUAUUUGACUGGUCCGAACCGAACUGUCUGGACAAACCACAUGGUGAAUGAGACCGGUGUGGACUACAGUCAGGACUUCAUUCCCGACUUCCCCUACGAAGCCGACGGCUACAACGAGGAGACGCUCAGGGCAAACCCUCAAGGCGGAUCGACCCAGACGAGUCCGACAGGAACGCCGGUCUUCAGCCGCCGAGGACGCCAGCUGCCCAUUGUCCCGCCCAAAGGAGCCUCAGACAGAAUUAUGACCACACCCACCACAGGAUCACCAAUUGGAACUGCCCCUCCCGCUCCAUAUAAUCAGGCCCCUCCCACUGUCCAUAAACAAGCUCCACCCCCUGCCAAUCAUCCCACACCUCCUCUGAUACGAAUACAAGCCCCGCAUCCUCCAGGAACCGCCCCCCCAAACACCUGCUCUGCCCCUAGCUUCGUCCAAGCCCCGCCCCCAGCUCCUGGAACUCCCCAAGCCCCGCCCCCAGCGCCUGGUCCUCUACCUGCUUCUACUCCAACAACUGUCCAAGCCCCGCCCCCUGCUCCUGGAACUCCCCAAGCCCCGCCCCCUGCUCCUGCCCAAGCCCCACCCCCAGUUGCUGACCCUCCUGUGGUCCAAUCACUGCCACUGCCUGAACUGGUCCCUCCCCCCUCCACUUCACCGGCCCCGCCCCCACAGACUCCAGAGCCAGACAGACGCCCAGUGACACCUGGAGGGACCAGAAAAGCUGUGACAAAGGAUCCAUCCAAGAUGAGGGAGAGUCUGUCUUUGAAAUCAUCGGACAGUGAUGUCAGCGAUGUGUCGGUCAUGUCCAACGACGCCCGAUCGAGGAUCAGUGUGACAGAGGAUCUGGAGGGCCAAUCAGUGGAGUUGGGGGCGGGGUCAGAUGAAACACAGGAAGUAGCGGUGGCAGAAGAGGGCAGAUCCGAGCUGCAGAAGAGCGAAUCAGUGGAGGAAGCAGAGGAGGUGGUGCCUGAGCCUCCAAAGGCGGCGCCGGCAUCUGGAGCUCCUCUCACAAAGUCGUCGAGCGUCGGAGGCGAGAUUUGUUCGUUGGGGAGAAAUAACGACGACGACGAUGACGACAAGAGGCGACGCUCAGGCUUCGGAGCAAAGAUGAUGGGAAUGGUCGGACUGGGAAAGAAGAGCCAGAGCGCCUCCCAACUCAACCCGGAGGAGGAAGAGAAGAAGAAGAAGGUUGUGAGACUUCCUGUCCAGAGGAGUGUAGAAACAGGUUUAGCCAUCGAGUUCAAAUCACGUUUUACCCGACAGCCGAGCCGCGACCCGGACGCAGAGGACCCCAAACCUGGAGCUCUGAUAUUUCCAGGAGUGAAGUUGGCAUCAGAUAAACAGUUCACCGGUUUUUUGGAGGGAUUAGGUCCCGCCCAGCUGGCUGGACGCCAGACUCUGGCCACGCCCCCUAUGGGUGACAUCCAAAUCGGAAUGGUGUAUAGGAAGGAGCGCCUGGACGUGGAAGUGAUCCGAGCCCGAGGGCUUGUGGGUAAACAAGGCAACAAGAACACUCCAGCUCCGUAUGUGAAGGUGUAUCUGAUGGAUAACGGGAAGUGUGUGUUGAAAAGAAGAACUCGGCUGGCAAGAAAAAGCCCUGACCCACUUUAUCAACAACAGCUGCAGUUUGAGGAAAACCCAGAGGGAAAAGUACUGCAGAUCAUCGUGUGGGGCGACUACGGGCGGAUGGAUCAUAAAUCUUUCAUGGGAGCUGCUCAGAUCUUAUUGGACGAUCUGGACCUGUCCAACAUGGUGAUUGGCUGGUUUAAACUGUUUCCUGCCAUCUCAUUGGUGGACGCCGCCCUGGCUCCGCUGACCAAUAAGGAGGUAGAGGGCAUUAAGUCGUAGUAUCAGAGGAGGGAUCAACUGUAUUGCCAUAGCAACGGGCAGGGAGGAGGCAGGAGGGGACACAACAUUGCAGACGGAGCCUAAAAAAAGUCCCAUGAUACCCCUCUGCUGCUGCAGGAUGACAUCACAGCGAUGACGUAACUGGAGGAGGAAGGAGGCUCCACCCCUUGACACUUAAACAGGAAAUGAGCCCACAGUGAGGGUGUGGCCACACAGCAAAGGAUACUGGGAAAAGAAAAGACAGUAGAGGCCAUGUGACCUCCAGCUGCCAGUUAAUUACAGCCGCUCCUCAGGAGUCCAGACACCAUGGACACCUGGUCGUUUCCAUUGAGACACAGAACAUGGUUCUUUAUGUUCUCGCAUGGAACGACAUUAGUACAUAAAACAAAUCAACUGUGA